AUGAACCAACCCCUACACCAACCCCUACACCAACCCUAUAUCAACCCCUACAUCAACCCCUACACAAACCCCUACAUCAACCCCUACACCAACCCCUACAUCAACCCCUGCAACAACCCCUGCACCAACCCCUACAUCAACCCCUACACCAACCCCUACAUCAACCCCUACACCAACCCCUACAUCAACCCCUGCAACAACCCCUACAUCAACCCCUGCACCAAGCCAUGCACCAACCCCUACAUCAACCCCUGCACCAACCCAUGCACCAACCCCUACAUCAACCCCUACACCAACCCCUACAUCAACCCCUACAUCAACCCCUACACCAACCCCUACAUCAACCCCUGCACCAACCCAUGCACCAACCCCUACAUCAACCCCUACACCAACCCCUACAUCAACCCCUACAUCAACCCCUACACCAACCCCUACAUCAACCCCUACACCAACCCCUACAUCAACCCCU